CAUCCAGAUCUCAUUAUGCAUCAGGAAAAUGAAAAAACAGAGGAAAAUUCUAUGGAGGAAAGGAAUCCACUUAGCCUUUUCUGAGAAAUGGAACACUGGGUUUGGAGGCUUUAAGAAGUUUUAUUUUCACCAACACUUGUGCAUUCUGAAAGCUAAGCUGGGAAGGCCAAUUACUAGGAAUAGACAGUUGAGACAUUUCCAGGGUGGAAAGAAAGCCCUUCAGAUCCAGAAAACAUGGGUCAAGGAUGAACCCCCUUGUGCUAAGACCAAGUUCAGUGUGGAUACUCCACAUGCUAGCACUCUGUCCUCUCCAGUGAAAAGAAAGGACACUAAACACUUCGUUUCCUCCUCAAGGACUCUCCUGAGACUCCAAGCAGAGAAGUUGUUGUCAUCAGCAAAGAAUUCUGACCAUGAAUACUGCAGAGAGAAAAAUCUCUUGAAGACAGUUACUGACUUUCCAUCCAAUAGUGCUUUAGGUCAGGCCAAUGGUCACAGACCUAGGACAGACCCACAGGCUCCUGACUUUCCCAUGAAGUUCAAUGGGGAGAGCCAAAGUCCAGGGGAGAGUGGCGCGAUUGUGGUCACCUUGAGCAACCACAAGAGAAAGGGCUUUUGUUACGGCUGCUGCCAAGGGCCGGAGCACCACAGGAAUGGGGGACCCUUGAUUCCAAAGCAGUUCCAACUUAACCGACAUAGAAGAAUCAAAUUAUCUCCUCUUAUGAUGUAUGAGAAAUUAUCCAUGAUUAGAUUUCGGUACAGGAUUCUCAGAUCCCAGCACUUCAGAACCAAAAGCAAAGUUUGCAAGCUAAGAAAAGCCCAGCGAAGCUGGGUACAGAAGGUCACUGGGGACCAUCAAGAGACCCUUAGGGAGAACGGUGAGGGUGGCAGUGGCAGCCCAUUUCCUUCCCCAGAACCUAAAGACCCUUCUUGUCGGCAUCAGCCGUACUUUCCAGAUAUGGACAGCAAUGCUGUGGUGAAGGGGACGAACUCUCAUGUGCCUGAUGGCCACACUAAAGGAAGCCCUUUCUUGGGCAAAGAGCUUAGUUUAGACGAAGCAUUCCCUGACCAACAGAAUGGCAGUGCCACACACGCCUGGGACCAGUCAUCUUGUGCUUCUCCUAAGUGGGAGUGUACAGAGCUGAUUCAUGACAUCCCCUUACCAGAACAUCAUUCUAAUACCAUGUUCGUUUCAGAAACUGAAAAAGAAAUUAUGACUCUGGGUCAGGAAAAUCGGACAAGUUCUCUUAGUGAUGACGGAGUAAAACUGUCAGUGUCUGGAGCGGAUACAUCUGUGAGUAGUGUAGAUGGGCCUGUGUCCCAAAAGGCUGUUCACAGUGAGAACUCAUACCAGAUGGAGGAGGAUGGAUCUCUCAAGCAGAACAUUCUUAGUUCUGAGUUGCUGGACCACCCUUACUGUAAAAGUCCACUGGAGGCUCCCCUGGUGUGCAGUGGACUCAAACUAGAAAAUCAAGUAGGAGGUGGAAAGGACAGUCAGAAAGCCUCUCCAGUGGAUGAUGAACAGCUGUCAGUCUGUCUGUCUGGAUUCCUAGAUGAGGUUAUGAAGAAGUACGGCAGUUUGGUUCCACUCAGUGAAAAAGAAGUCCUUGGAAGAUUAAAAGAUGUGUUUAAUGAAGACUUUUCUAAUAGAAAACCAUUUAUCAAUAGAGAAAUAACAAACUAUCGGGCCAGACAUCAAAAAUGUAACUUCCGUAUCUUCUAUAAUAAACACAUGCUGGAUAUGGACGACCUGGCGACUCUGGAUGGUCAGAACUGGCUGAAUGACCAGGUCAUUAAUAUGUAUGGUGAGCUGAUAAUGGAUGCGGUCCCAGACAAAGUUCACUUCUUCAACAGCUUUUUUCAUAGACAGCUGGUAACCAAAGGAUAUAAUGGAGUAAAAAGAUGGACUAAAAAGAAUAUAAGAAAGUAUUUGCUGACUGAAGCCAGAGAAAAAAAUAGACCUGAAUUUCUUCAGGGUUGGCAGACUGCUGUUACGAAGUGUAUUCCACAACAGAAAAAUGACAGUGACUGUGGAGUCUUUGUGCUCCAGUACUGCAAGUGCCUCGCCUUAGAGCAGCCUUUCCAGUUCUCACAAGAAGACAUGCCCCGAGUGCGGAAGAGGAUUUACAAGGAGCUGUGUGAGUGCCGGCUUAUGGACUGAAACUCCGCAGGGACCCUGGGAAGUCUGACCAAGUUGGAGCAGAUGGUUUGUUACUUGAAUCUCCAAACACUUAGUUGAAUUUUUACAGAUAUUUCAGAUCAGUGGUGUUGGGCCACUAUUGUUACCUCAAAUUUAUUUUUUGCCCUUAUUCAUUUCUCCAGCUACCAUGUACUAUUGUUUAAUGUUCAGUUUGGUUUCAUUUUUAAUUUUAUGGUUCUGUGCGUCCCCCAUAUUUAAUAUUUAUUAUUCAAACGCAUGCAUAUAGACAGAGCAUGCAGUGAAGAGUAUUAAAAAAAAAAAGCUUAGUAGAUUUGGUGCAGCUUUUGAAACUUAGUUAGACGUGAACUGAAUACAGGUUUCAGAUUUACUCCCAGAACCUAAAAUGCAAGAUGUUUUUGAUACAGCAUACGCUGAGAAUAGUAAGUGUUCCCUGGGGCAUUAAGGGUAGCUGGGGGUGGUUUUGACAAAUCCAGUCCUGUUUUACUUUACCAGCGGCACUUUUCACCACCUUCCCUCUCCAUGUGAGUCUCAGAGAGUGCGGGCCAUUCCUUUAGAAGGUGAGAUGAAAGUGGCUGUAAACUGGGGUCUUCUGUUUCUGGAGGCACACUUGUAAGCACAGUGGCUGCUCUGGGAAGAGUAAGUGUGAGAAAAAGACAGCAACCUUGGAGGCCAGUAACAAUGACAGAUUUCAAUUGUGGUUUCAAGAAUUAUAAUACGUGGCGUAUAUCUCAUAAAGGCUUUUGCUGAAAUUCCCUGAAUUUUUCUGUUUUCGACCUGUUAAAAAAAUCUUAACAUCCAUCAGACUAGUGGUCAGACAAAUGAGAAUGCAGCUGUUCUCGGAGUAAUUUUUAAGUUGUCAUUUCCCUGUGUUGCCUCCCAAUUGGAAGAAGUUAAGGUUUACCAAAUGCAUUUCUAUUUCAAGGGUAUCUGAAAUGUAAACAUUCAAAACUGAAGGCCGACUGACUAGAUGUUUUGCAGGUGGCUGGAGAGAAGAGGGAGGGUAAUAGAGACAACUUAGCCCCAUGGGAGCACAGCAACCGUGUCAGGUUCUUUCUCCGGUCCCUUUAGUGACCUCAGUAGCAUGCAGGGCACAUGUGGCUUCUGCAUGGCCAGUGCUGAUGACACUAACACGGUUGUUUUUCUCCUUCCAUUGAACCUCAUCUUCUGAAGAAAGGCCCAAGAGGCCCUUGUCCAUACACUUAGCUGCGUUAGGAUUAACGUCACGCAUCUUACAUCUUUAACCCAGCCUUUCGUGACAUAUGGAAAGAUGUAUGUUAAACCUACCCAGUGAUCCUUUCAGAAUCGGGAGGAAAAACAACCAACGUUGUUUUUUCAAACUCAGAAGUUUGAAUAGAAAAACACCAAGUAAAUGGCAGAAGAUUCUCGAAUUUAUGCCUGCGUAGGUUUGGAGUGUUGAAAAAGCUAAAAUGUUUAGUUUCACUUGGCCCUAAGGUAUGGCUGAGAGAAGGCUGACUGCCAGCAGUUGAGGGUUGAGUCCGGCCGUGUUUACAUGCAGGGUUCCCAAACACCAGUGGUGACACUGUGAAGCAGCCCCAGCACUUUCCUCUCCUGAGUCCUCCAGACUCAAAAAUCCUUAAUGUCAAACCAGGUCAGUGUUUCUUACUGUGUUUCAAGUCGUUAAAAAGACUGAGAGUAGAGGCACUUUAUGCUGCUAUAGGUGGGGUUCUGUCAGCGUUAGGAAAAA